AUGUUAUCCUCACAACAAAUAACUUCUAUCUCCCUCGAUGUCGCAAAAAAGGUCGAAACAAACGUCGAAAAUUCGACGAAUAGAAUUGGAGUCAUUUCUUACAAAUCGGACAAAGCUUCGUCCUCAUCAAUGAGACAACAAAUGAAAUCCACGACCUUAAAGAAAGCAACACCAUCCUUGAAGCAGAUAAACCUUGCAAAACGUGCCGCAAUAUUGGUCGGCAUCCUUUUGGCUUCUUACAUCCCGUUCUUCACUGCAGACGCCGUUCCCAACGUAUUGUACACUAUUCUUUGUUGGAUUCGGUAUGGAAACGGCGCUCUAAAUCCCAUCAUCUAUGCCUUUGCGGUGCCAGGAUAUCGCAAGGCUUUUCAUAGAAUACUUCAUUUAACUGGGACAUAG